AGUCUUAAUGUUGAUUCUCAUUACGUGAAUCAUGCAGUCAAUACUUCUCAACAAACAGCAAUGACGGGUACAAGGUCAGCACCUGCUUCAGGGUAUAGGUUGAGGCCUAUUUGGGAAGUUCCUCCUCAGAAUUCUAAAACCCCACCUCUAAAGAGUUUUAGACUAACUAAAGAACUGGUUGAGCAAAGGAUCAAAGAUAAUGUCAUCAUAGUCACCUUUGGUAACUUUGCUUUUAUGGAUUUUAUCCUCACUUGGGUUAAGCAUUCGACUGAUCUUGGCAUUUCUAAUCUUCUAGUUGGUGCCAUGGACACCAAACUUAUGAAUGCCUUGUAUUGGAAAGGUAUUCCAGUUUUUGAUAUGGACAGCCACAUGAGCACAGCUGAUAACCCAUUUCCAUAUCUUGCUCGAUACCCUGAUGCAGAUGUCCUAACUUCAAGUGAUCAAGUUGUGGCAACUGUCACAGAUGACAGAUUGGACAUCUGGCAACAGGUUAGAGCUCCCUACAAUAUUGGAAUUUUCCGCUGGAGACCAACAGAGCCUGCAAAAAAAUUAGCAAAAGAAAGGAAAGAUAUGCUUUUAGCUCAUGAAAAGAUCUGGGAUCAGAUUGGAUUUAAUAAUCUUGUACUCAGGCAGUUAGGACCAUCUGUAGAUGGGGACAGUGGACUUGCAUGUGCUUCUGAUGGAAAUCUCAAACUGGGAAUUUCGCCAGCAAGUAUAUUUUGUAAUGGACAUACAUUUUCUGUUCAGGCCAUGCCUCAACAACUGAGGAUGGAACCAUAUGCUGUGCAUACCACAUUCCGGUAUGCUGGUACAGAAGGAAAUCGUCACAGAUUGAGGGGAGGAAGGUUUUUCUUUGAUCCACCUGAAUAUUAUGAUGCCCCAGGUAAUGUUUUGCUAAGGCUUCUCCCUUGAUUUGAUGUACUUUAAACAUUCACAUUAUUCUCACAAAUGUGAUUUAUCUGAAGUGUGCUUUUGUCUGGGAAAUAUUGAUUUUCUUUAGGAGAAUUGUUUUAUGCUGAGGAAUAAAACUCUAUAAUAUGC